CAGGUGCUACAGGAAGACUUCAAUCUUCACUUUGAUCUGUCAAACUGCACUUGCGCAAUGGGGCAUGGCAUAAAAACUAUAGUGCCGUGUGCAAUUUCUUCCUUAUAUAGACUUCUUCAAGUUACAAGGUUUAUGCACAGCAGUCUUUAAAAGGUAAAGAAAACUAUGAGAACGAGACAAAGGCAGACAAACCCUCAGCCAAAGCAUAUAGGGUCCGUGCUACCGGUUACAACUUCAACUCAUCAGGAAGCAUUUGCAGUCUUUCGUUGGGAAAAGAACCUGUUUGCUGGACUUUCUAACCACCAAGAUCAUCGUUGGAGAAGGCAAAAUGUCUUCGAGGUUCCUCCUGCUAGCUCUCUGGAGUUCUUUGAUGGUGACUUGUUGCCUUGCACUGAUCGAACAGCACAGUCGAAACAGAAGAACAAGCCAUGGCGUAUCUCAAUAAGUAUGGAUAUCUGGACAUGACAGGUGGCAUGCCGAAUUCUGAAAAGAUGACGAGAGCCCUCGAGUAUUUCCAAAGAUUUGCAAAUAUAACAGUGACAGGAGUCCGAGACAAUGAGACUAUGGUGAUGAUGAACACACCUCGUUGUGAAAUGGCAGACAUGGAUUCCCCUGCCGACAUGAUGAGGAAGAAGCGAUAUGCCUUAGGCAGCAAGUGGUCCAAGACAGAACUCACUUACAAGAUCAUCAACAGGACCCCAGACCUGCCUGCUAACGUGGUUGACCGUAUCAUAGCCGAGUCUUUCAAGAAAUGGGCUGACGUAUCUCGUCUUACAUUCACGCUGGUAACGUCAGGAGACGCAGAUAUCCUGAUCAGCUUUGCUGCAGGCAGCCACGGGGACGACGGUCCAUUUGACGGAAGCGGUGGAACACUCGCGCAUGCGUAUUACCCCUUCUCAGAUGCAAUUGGCGGCGACGCACACUUCGACGAAGAUGAAUCUUUCACGGACGCCAGUUCUCAAGAGGAUUCGGAGAGUUACCCUCCGGAGUACAUUCUGUAG